AUACAUAUCUUCCGUUUCCAGUUUGAGAGAAUCGAAAGAAUGGCUUCCAAGUAUGCUAAACUUGACAUGCCUCAUGCAAUUUGCGUACCAGCUCCUGCCCAAGGUCACAUCAAUCCAAUGUUAAAGUUAGCCAAAAUCCUCCAUUACAGAGGCUUUCAUAUAACAUUUGUCAACACUGAAUACAAUCAGAGGCGUCUCCUUAAGUCUCGCGGUCCUGAUUCCCUCAAAGGGUUGCCAUCCUUUUGUUUCGAAACCAUCCCAGACGGCCUCCCACCAUCUGAUGCUGAUUCAACUCAAGAUAUUGUUUCUCUGUCUAAAUCCCUUACCACUACUUGUUUAGUUCCUUUCAAAGAGUUGCUUGCCAAGCUCAAUAAUACUUCUUCAUCCAACGUGCCACCCAUUUCGUAUAUCGUUUCUGAUGGUGUUAUGAGCUUCACUCUAGCUGUUGCUCGAGAUUUUGGCAUCCCUCAAGUUUUCUUUUGGACCCCAAGUGCUUGUGGUUUAUUAGGUUAUAUGCAUUACUGUAACCUUAUUGAAAAAGGAUACAUUCCACUUAAAGAUAAAAGUUAUUUGACAAAUGGGUAUUUGGAGAAGACUUUGGAUUGGAUACCAGGCAUGAAGGACAUACGUCUGAGGGAUCUUCCAAGUUUUAUUAGAACUGCAAAUCCAGAUGAUUAUAUGAUUAAAUUUCUACUCCAAGAAACAGAGAGAUCCAAAAAUGCUUCAGCUAUAGUUGUCAAUACAUUUGAGCCAUUAGAGAAGGAAGUUCUUGAAUCACUUCAAACACUACUUCCUCCAGUGUAUGCCAUUGGACCAUUGCAUUUGCUUGAGAAACAUGUUGAUGACAAGAAUUUGGAGGAGUUAGAAUUAAAUCUUUGGAAAGAAGAUCAAAAGUGUGUAGAAUGGCUAGAUUCCAAGGAACAAAAUUCUGUUGUUUAUGUUAAUUUUGGAAGCAUUGCUGUUAUGACUAAGAACCAACUUAUCGAAUUCGCUUGGGGACUUGCCAAUAGCCAGAUGGAAUUUUUAUGGAUCAUAAGGCCUGAUAUUGUAUCAGGGGAACAAGCAAUUCUACCAUCCGAAUUCUUGGAAGAAACUAAAGAAAGAGGGAUGUUAGCAAGUUGGUGUCCACAAGAACAAGUCCUUAGCCACCCUGCAAUAGGAGGUUUCUUGACUCACAGUGGAUGGAAUUCGACUCUUGAAAGUAUUAGUUGUGGGGUGCCAAUGAUUUGUUGGCCGUUCUUUGCAGAGCAGCCGACUAACUGUUGGUUUUGUUGCACCAAAUUGGGAAUCGGAAUGGAGAUCGACAGUAAUGUGGAGAGGGACAAAGUUGAAAGUCUUGUGAGAGAGGUCAUUGCCGGAGAUAGAGGCAAAGAGAUGAAGAAAAAGGUAUUGAAAUGGAAGAAAUUGGCUGAAGAAGCUGCUACAAAAACAACAGGAUCUUCUUAUGUGAACAUAGAUAAAAUUAUCAACGAAAUUCUCCUCAAACAUUAGGCGUUAAUUAUCAAUAGGUUAUUGAUUUUUAUCUUUUCCAGUGUUGAAAUCUCGUCACAUCUUUUAUUCCUCGUAUCCCAUCUUUCCUAGUACU